GUGCUGAGAGAUGGCACUUGUGGGGCUCAUCUCUGCCUGAGAAUCGGCACUGGAAGAGCUGAAUCUGAUCCUGGGCUCCUUGUGUGAACAAGCCUUAACUUCCAGCCACUUCAGUCCAAAGGCCAAGUUACUCGCUUUCUCUUAAUGAUGGGUAUUGGUAAGAACACUACAUCCAAAUCCAUGGAGGCUGGAAGUUCAACUGAAGGCAAAUAUGAAGAUGAAGCGAAGCACCCGGCUUUCUUUACUCUUCCGGUGGUGAUCAAUGGAGGUGCCACGUCCAGCGGUGAACAGGACAAUGAAGACACCGAGCUCAUGGCAAUAUACACGACAGAAAAUGGCAUCGCAGAAAAGAGCUCUCUUGCUGAGACCUUGGAUAGCACAGGCAGUCUUGACCCCCAGAGAUCGGACAUGAUUUACACCAUAGAAGAUGUUCCUCCCUGGUACCUGUGUAUAUUUCUGGGGUUGCAGCAUUACCUGACGUGCUUCAGCGGCACCAUCGCGGUGCCCUUUCUUCUGGCCGAUGCCAUGUGUGUGGGAUUUGACCAGUGGGCCACCAGCCAGCUCAUUGGGACCAUUUUCUUCUGCGUGGGAAUCACAACUUUGCUGCAGACAACUUUUGGAUGCAGGUUACCCCUGUUUCAGGCCAGUGCUUUUGCAUUUCUGGCCCCUGCUCGAGCCAUCCUGUCUUUAGAUAAAUGGAAAUGUAACACCACAGAUGUUUUGGUUGCCAAUGGAACAACGGAGCUGUUACAUACAGAACACAUCUGGUAUCCUCGGAUACGCGAGAUCCAGGGAGCCAUCAUCAUGUCCUCAUUGAUAGAAGUGGUUAUCGGCCUCCUAGGCCUGCCUGGGGCUCUGCUGAAAUACAUCGGACCCCUGACCAUCACACCCACGGUGGCCCUUAUUGGCCUCUCUGGUUUCCAGGCGGCAGGAGAGAGAGCAGGGAAGCACUGGGGCAUCGCCAUGCUGACAAUUUUCCUAGUAUUACUGUUUUCUCAAUAUGCCAGAAAUGUUAAAUUUCCUCUCCCAAUUUACAAAUCCAAGAAAGGAUGGACUGCAUACAAGUUACAGCUUUUCAAAAUGUUUCCUAUCAUCCUGGCCAUCCUUGUGUCCUGGCUGCUCUGCUUCAUCUUCACAGUAACAGAUGUCUUCCCUCCUGAUAGCACGAAGUAUGGCUUCUAUGCUCGAACUGAUGCCAGGCAGGGUGUGCUUCUGGUAGCCCCGUGGUUUAAGGUCCCAUACCCAUUUCAAUGGGGACUGCCCACCAUCUCUGCGGCUGGUGUCAUCGGCAUGCUCAGUGCGGUCGUUGCCAGUAUUAUCGAGUCUAUCGGGGACUACUACGCCUGUGCAAGGCUGUCCUGUGCCCCACCGCCCCCCAUCCAUGCAAUAAACAGGGGGAUUUUCGUGGAGGGUCUCUCCUGUGUUCUCGAUGGCAUAUUUGGUACUGGGAAUGGCUCUACUUCAUCCAGUCCCAACAUUGGAGUUUUGGGAAUUACUAAGGUUGGCAGUCGUCGGGUGAUACAGUACGGCGCAGCACUCAUGCUGGCAUUAGGCAUGAUUGGAAAGUUCAGUGCCCUCUUCGCCUCGCUCCCGGAUCCUGUGCUUGGCGCCCUCUUCUGUACUCUCUUUGGAAUGAUCACAGCUGUUGGACUCUCUAACCUGCAGUUCAUUGAUUUAAAUUCUUCCCGGAACCUCUUUGUGCUUGGAUUUUCAAUCUUCUUUGGGCUUGUCCUUCCAAGUUACCUCAGACAGAACCCUCUCGUCACAGGGAUAACAGGAAUCGAUCAAGUGUUGAAUGUUCUUCUCACAACUGCUAUGUUUGUAGGAGGCUGUGUGGCUUUUAUUUUGGAUAACACCAUCCCAGGUACUCCAGAGGAAAGGGGAAUCAGGAAAUGGAAGAAGGGCGUGGGCAAAGGGAGCAAGUCUCUUGAUGGCAUGGAAUCCUACGACUUGCCAUUUGGCAUGAACAUUAUUAAAAAAUACAGAUGUUUCAGCUACUUACCCAUCAGCCCAACCUUUGCAGGCUACACAUGGAAAGGCCUCAGGAAGAGCACUAACAGCCGGAGUUCAGAUGAAGACUCGCAGGCCACAGUAUAGCCGUAGCUCACCCUGUGGCCCAGCCGCAGUGAGGCAUGAACCUGUAGUUCCUUGCUGAGUAACAAGCAGUAACAUAUAUAUUUGUAGAUCUGCAUUUACAUU